AAGAAUCAUCUUCGCUUCCUACGUGACUGUCUUGCUGAACAAGUUCUGCCCCCGUCCUUCUCCCACUUCCUGGAAACCAACCCACUGGGCACUCCCUUUCCUGAUCAUGCCCGUCUCCUACUUCAACAGCUCAUUCUUUCUACUAAAUCACAGGUUGAAGAUGCCUUCUUUACUUUCCGUCAACAUCAACGUGCUCUCUUUGCGGCUCUACCACAGGAUCUCUGUAACCUUCUCUCUUCCAUUGCCUUUGACACUGCUUGCCUGAAUACACAAAUUCAUUCUUCUAAACUACAGAAUAAACUUCAGCGUCUCAUCUCAGCUAGCCCUUGGUCUAAAUUCUCCCUCACUGACUGUGUUACUAACCAGUCUUCUGUCUCACUCUCUCAGUAUGAGCUUGAACUUCUUGGUUUCGGCCUUUCCUUUGCCACUUCGACUACCCCUCGCGCUUGUAUUGCCCUGAUUAGCUCUUUUGAUUCCUUUCGUCAAUCUCGCUCCUGUAAUCUUCCUGAUUUGUCCACUUUUCGUGGCGCUCUCCUUCCUGCUCUUGUUAGUCUGUUUUCUAAGAAUCACUACCUUCCGCGCCGUUACCAACUUGCCCUUUCUUCUCUUAAAUCCAACACUAACAUUGUCAUACCAUCUUCUGACAAAGGUAAUUCGGUAGUUAUCCUUGAUCGCGAGGAUUACCUCCGCAAAGCUGAUGUCUUGCUCUCUGAUUCACGUACCUACACUCCUUUCGUUUCCAACCCUCUUGAUCGCAUCAAGAGAACUUUCAACAAGAAACUAAGGACUCUCUCCGACCUCUGUCCUCCUGACUUUGACCUUGUUCAACGGUUUCGUGUCAUCUGUCCCUCUCUUCCCAGUUUCUAUGGCCUUCCCCAAUCUCAUAAACCUGACAUUCCUCUUCGUCCUAUUAUAUCCUCUAGAGGUUUUGUCUCUUAUUCUCUUGCUUCUUGGUUGGCCAAAACCCUCACUCCCUUUCUUGGUACUUUUUCUCCUGCCCACCUCCGUCACUCUCAAGACUUCAUUGAACGAGUUCGCUCUCUUCCAACCUGUAAGAUGCUUAGUCUUGACGUUGGGUCCCUCUUCACCAAUGUUCCUCUUGAUGAUGUCCUUGAUUUCCUUAGAGAGAAGGCCCAUGACGGGUUUCUACAUCUUCCUAUACCUACUGAUGUCUUUCUUGAUCUUAUCCGCCUCUGUGUGGACUCUAAUUCCUUUUCCUUACAAGGGAAAUAUUAUUCUCAAACCUUCGGUGUGGCUAUGGGCUCUCCUUUCUCUCCUGUCCUUGCUAAUCUUUACAUGGAAUAUUUUGAGACUGUUCUUCUUCCUAACAUCGAUGUGCAACCUUCACUCUGGCUCCGCUAUGUGGAUGACAUCUUUGCUCUGUGGCCUCAUGAUUCCAGUCUCUUCCAACCUUUUCUUGAAGCUCUUAAUAAUCUUGCCUCUUCCAUUAAGUUUAAAGCUGAAUGGGAACCUAAUUUCUUGCUUCCUUUCCUUGAUGUCCAUGUCCACCGCUCAGAUACAGGUUUCUCCUUUUCCGUUUACCGAAAACCUAUGCACAGUGCCAUGUACAUUCACUACUUUUCCUAUCAUGCUUCCCCUGUCAAGAAAAGUGUUCUUAUCUCCCUCUUUCUCCGUCCCCUCCGUAUCAGUGAUCCUCACCCUAACCCCCGGACCACCUCUGGGCCUGGAGUCCCCGAGGGACCACCUCCACCUGCUUCCACAACCACUACCUUCCCAGUCCUCUGUGCUCGGGUUAUGACAUCAUCCGAAUCCAAUGUCAUGGCCUCAUGCUUCAGCGUGACUCCACCUGCCCCCAUCUCCACCUCCUGUGAUUCCUCAUGGUGA